AUGAGUACAAGUGAUGGGCAGUCCCAGAAAGCUACGGCCAAGAGGAAGUUCCACCUGAAGUCCAGAAGUGGAUGCCUGACGUGCAAAAAGAGAAGAAUCAAGUGUGAUGAGAACAAGCCCUCGUGUAUGAAGUGCCAGCACUUGGGGUUAGUAUGCGGAUACACUUUACUUCCGCAACAGGAUAACCAGGACGAGUUAUCCAAGCCCGGCGUGCUGGGUGUCAAAAUAGUUACACCUCCAUCCCCACCUGAAGCCAGGACAAGGAAUGAUGAAAGCAUGAUGACGAAAAAGAGGAAGGUAAGUGCUACUUCUAGCAUUGAUCUUGCUUCGCCAACCUCAAGCUCACCACUGGUGCACUCAAUGGACUCGGAUACAAACCUUUCCCAACCAACACCAUCAAUUACACCGACUCAGAGCCAUAGUAUGUUGCUGCUGGUUCUGCAGCUGCUGCAAGAUGUGAUGUCUCAGCUGCAUCAGUCCCAGGUGCCUAAAGGUUUACCAUUUGAUGCUGCGUCGUUUGGUGCUGGAAAUCUCAAUAAUAUUAACUUGAGCCAUCUUGUAAAUAAUCUUAGUGGUUUAGGAGACAUAAGUGGUCUAGGAAAUAUUGCUAAUCUCUCCAGUUUGGCUAGUUUGGCUCACUUACCGAUUGAUUUGAGUAAUAUUGGAUCUUUAUUGGGAGGUGAUUUAUCUGGCUUGGGGACAAAAUUUAAACAGUUCCAGCAAAUGCAACAAAUGCAACAACAGCAGCAACAACAACAACAGGGACAACAGCAGCAACAGCAGGAAAACGUGGAAUCCGGUUCAAUUCCUCUUCAACAAUCUGUAGAGGAAACGUUACAGCAGUCUGUUGCUCAUUCGAUCCAGAACACCUUGAGUCAGGCAUCCUCUAGCAUGAAGGAAGAGAUUCAACAAAAGCCGCAACAACUGGAAUAUGAGAGACAAAAGCAGCAGCAGGAGAACCUGCAAGAGCUUCCACAGCCAAAGGAAUCUGGCUCUGUACCAAACAUAUCGGCCAAUGUUAACCCGGAAAUGAAUAUGGGUAACCCAAUGAGUGGCUUAGCAGACCUCAGUACGUCCUCUCUUAAUAUGCUUGAUUUGAGAUUAAUGUUUCAUUACACGUCUCAAGUGUCUACGACUAUAACCGGAGCUGGUAUAUCUGAUACUAAUAUCUGGACGUAUGAUAUUCCUAUGCUUGCCUUCCAUUAUCCAUUCCUUAUGCACUCCAUUUUGGCUUUUAGUGCAACUCAUUUAUCUAGAACUGAGAAGGGAUUAGACCAAUGUGUUACAAGCCACAGAGGAGACGCGCUUAGGUUACUUAGAGAAGCAGUUUUAAACAUCAAUUCAGAUAACACAGACGCUUUAGUGGCAUCAGCAUUAAUUUUAAUUAUGGAUUCAUUGGCGAAUGCGUCCUUCCCUUCGUCAACCUCUCCUAAAUCAUUACCUGCCUCUGCAUGGAUCUUCCAUGUCAAAGGUGCUGCCACUAUUUUAACAGCUGUGUGGCCGUUGACAGAAUCUUCUCGUUUCUAUAAAUUCAUUUCAGUGGAUUUGAGUGACUUAGGGGAUAUUUUGAAUCAGAAAAUUGACUUGAAGAGCCUGACAAGAGAUAAGUUCUAUGCGGAUUUAGAAUGUCAUGACUCAGAUAUUGCAGAUUUGUUCCCUGUUGAGGUAAAUCUGCCAUACCUUAUUACGUUAGCAUAUUUGAACAAAUUACAUAAGGAAAGAUACAAGAGUGAUUUUAUUUUAAGAAUCUUUGCGUUCCCUGCAUUAUUAGACAAGAUGUUCUUAUCAUUAUUAAUGACUGGGGAUAUCAAAGCCAUGAGAAUUAUGAGAUCAUAUUAUAAGCUAUUAAGAUCCUUCACAAGUGAAAUGAAGGAUAAGGUGUGGUUUUUAGAAGGUGUACUGAACGUGUUGCCAGUAGAUGUGGAAGAGUAUGCCGGAGGAGCUGGAGGUAUGCAUAUGAUGUUGGAUUUCCUAGGUGGAGGUCCAGCUAUAAUUGAGAAUGAAAUAGACGAGGAGAUGACUAAAUUUGACCCUACUGGGACGUUGACGAGAGGACUAACUGAUCCGAAUAACCUACCAAGUGAUAUCACCAGUAAUUUAGACAUAAUGGGAGAUAGCGGGUUCAUAGGCUCAGAGCCUUAA